AUGAGCAGACAUCAUCACCAACACUUGUCUUCUCCCAUAUACCAGGAUCAGCAUCACAACCCGUUAACUAGUACCUCUACCUCUGUACCAAAUACUCGAUUCGACAACCAAGACCACGAUCACCUCUAUCAGUCUUCUUCCCUUCUCUCACCUCCCAAUACAUCCCAGCUCAGAGAACCAUAUUAUCAAGAGCAUCCUGCUCAGAUACCGAGUAUAAUCCCGCCUAGAGCCCCAUCGCUGUUCCAGCCUCCUCCACCGAGAGAGGAUACAGGAUACCGAUUAGAAAGCAGGGGGAGAAUACCCGCUCUACGUAUACCUCCAGUCCCCUAUAGAAGAGAUAGUAAUACCAACACCAAUUCAUUAUCUGGUAUUAUAUCAGAAUCAUCACGAUCACCAUACGAACAACCUCUACUACCACCCAUUCAAGGAUCUUCUUCCUCUAGUGGAAUCGGGUCUAAUACCAAAUAUCACUUGUUCGGCCAACCUAGUCCGUCUUCCCAUUCCCAUUCCCACUCCCACUCUAGAUCACCUUACGCCGGUCAUUUCUACAACAAUCCUCUAUCGGCAAGUUCGAGCUCGACAAGUUACUCGAUAGAAAGGGGAUUACGUUCACCUAAUCCACCUUUAACCGCUGGACUCUUACACCAAAAUCAUCUCUGGCCUCCUCAUACUCUACCACCGCCUUUAGAUUCAUCCCCUCAUCCGCAUACUCACACUCACUCGCACUCGCAUUCGCUAUCAAUCUCAAAGUCACCUCAGGCAAUACCUCUACCGCACUUCCGUCGUGACUCUAUUGGAAGCAGCAAUCCGAUAUACUACAGUAGUGAAAUACCUAGUGUUCCCGGUCAAUCCAAUUCGCAGUACAAUUACCGUGAAUCGCCCCCUCAUUCCACAACUACGACUACGCCUUAUUUCCCAUCUGCCCACCACUCAGUUUCUUAUUCAAGUGGAUAUACAAGACAAUCGUCACCUGUACAUAUCCCACCUCCAUUAAGAUUCAGAUAUUCCGCUUCUCCUCCACCUUUGCUACCUCAACCACUAGACGAAAUCAACAUGCCACCUCGGAAGAAGGUCACUGGGGAUUCCUCGACGACCACCACCCCGCGUACGAUGUCGUCUGCAACUGGGAUUGGCGGGUCCGGAUCGGUCUCGAGGAGCGGUAGGAAAGGUGUUAAUGGGAAGGGAUGGACGAUGGAACAUACUUAUGAUUCAGUUGGACAAAAGAAGGAAAUUAUCGUUAUCGAUGAUUCGCAAUCACCCUCGGUUCAUCAACAAACCCAACCGAUCAGGAAGAGGACGAGAGCUCAGGUCGCUGCCGAACAGGCUCAGGCGCAGGCGCACGAACAGGCUCUGCACCAAUCUCAAAAUAGCAUUUAUAAUGGAAAUGCCAAUGGACAUGGAUCAACCUCGAGUCUGAUUUCGUCAACGAAGAAGAGAAAGAUGGAUGAAGGAAGCGAACAUGGCAGUGUUAAGAAAGCCAAGGGCAAAUUGGCAAGUACCGCUACUUCCGCUUCUGUACAGGCUACUGGACAGUCAUAUGCCCACCAGCAAUAUGCGACGCAACAGAAGACUCAGCAGCCACAGAAAACUCAAGCUGCACCUCCUGCUCCACCUGGACAACCUGCUCCACCACCAUGGGACGACGCAGAGGGUCAUUAUAUCGUCAAACCGGAUGAUGUGAUAGGUGGUCGAUACAAGAUCGUCCGUCUGCUGGGCCAAGGUACAUUCGGUAAAGUAGUGGAAGCUAAACAUAUUGAAACGCGCAGGAAAGUGGCUAUAAAAGUGAUUCGAGCUGUACAGAAAUAUCGUGAUGCCAGUAAGAUCGAGAUAAGGGUAUUAGAAACAUUGAAAAAGAAUGAUCCGAAGAAUGACAACAAAUGUAUUCACCUUGAUGAAUAUUUCGAUUUCCGGAAUCAUCCUUGUCUAGUUUCUGAACUCUAUGGGAUGAGCGUAUUCGAUUUCUUAAAGCAGAAUGGGUUCCAACCGUUCCCGGAGAAACAUAUACAGGAUUUCGCGAGGAGUCUACUGAAGAGUGUAGCUUUCUUGCAUUCUCUCAAAUUAGUUCACACUGAUUUGAAACCCGAGAAUAUUUUGUUGUGCUCCAAUGACGCUCGAUUGGUGGGUCCUAGAGUAAAGAAUUCCAAAUCGAAAUCUGUUCUGAGAAACACGGAAAUACGGUUGAUCGAUUUUGGAUCAGCUACGUUCGAGAAUGAAUAUCACAGUUCAGUAGUCAGUACGAGACAUUAUCGUGCGCCUGAGAUCAUACUAGGAUUACCGUGGUCGUACCCUUGCGAUAUGUUCUCGAUAGGAUGUAUCUUAGUCGAAUUCUAUACUGGAGAUGCGCUUUUCCAGACACACGAUAAUUUAGAACAUCUAGCUAUGAUGGAAGUGGUCAUGGGUAAAUUCAGUCAGAGGAUGAUCGAAAAAGGAAGACAUAAGAAACCAGAGUUCUUCAGAGGCCCAAAGAUCGAUUUCCCCAAUGCUACGGUAUCGAAAGCUAGUAGGAAAUAUGUGAAGAACAUGAGGAGCUUACAAGAUAUAAUAGCUCCGACGAACAAACAUCAACAUCAAUUCUUGGAUUUAUGCUUGAGAUUGUUGGAUCAUGAUCCAGAUGUAAGGUUGAAAGUGCAAGAUGCAUUACGGCACCCAUACUUGAGGGAACCUAUACCUGAACCAGCAUAG